UAGUACAGUAACAAAGUAUUUUUACUCCGUUACAUUACAACACUGAUCAGAUCACACGGUGCCUCACAGACUGCUGAGUCAUCUUCACCACCUAAAAUAGGUACAUGAGCAUCAGAACUGGAACAUGGACCAAUAGAAGAAGGGGACCUGGUCUGAUGAAUUAAGUUUUCUUUUCUAUCAAGUGGAUGGCCAUGUGUGGUGUCAGAUGAUUUGGAUCCAGGAAAGUUGGCAGAGGCAGUGAGAUGCAAUGGGAAAUGUUCUGCUGGGAAACCUUAGGUCCUGCCAUUCAUGUUUAAUGUGACUUUGACAUGUACCACCUGCCUAAAAACACAUCGGGGACUAUUGAGGGCCAGGGGUCUGAGGAUUUCACGCUGGUACUUAAUAUCAGUCGGCUAGCACUUAGAGGUCUGUGUCACAUUCCUUCCCAGAAAGCCACUGAUCCUGCACCUAACUGGUCAAGCUGAUAUGCAAACAGCACAAAAUUUCCCAUUGCAUCUCCAGACUCAUUCCUGUCUGUCAGAUAUGCUAAGUGUGAACCUGACCUUAUCUGUAAGGAGAACUGGGAGCAAAUGGUGGACCUGCCAAUUCUGGUUUUAUCUGGCAAAUGCCAGUUGGGCUGCACAUUGCUUUUCUGUGAGCACAUGUCCCACUAAAGAAUAUCAGACCUUCGUGGAGUCUGUUUGGUAAGAAACAUGCACGCCAGUAUCCUGUUGGGCGUCAUUUUGUAUGGCUCUUGUAGUGCUCCUCCAGUUCCUCCACCAGAUACUGGUCCUCCUGCUGGGUUGUUGCCCUUCUACAGCUCUGUCCAGCUCCCCUCAUGACCCAGCCUGUCUCUCUGUAAUUCCUCCAUGAUCUUGAAACUGUUCUGGGAGACACAUCAAACCUCCUUGUGAGUAGCUUGAGUACCUGUGCAACCUGAUCAGGUUACCGGUGUUGCCUCAUGCUGCAAAUAGUGACAAUGAGCUAAAUCAGUCAAAAAGUAUAAGGAGUUAGAGAUUGUCUGUGGCCACCACCUGCAACUCCAUGCCCUUUUUAAGGGUUGUCUUGCUGUUGCACCUGAUGUCACUUUCAUUUGCAUCAAAGCAGACUUGUGCGAUUCCUAACAUUCUAACGUCUCCUUCGGUUUCUUUAACAGUGUAUUUAUAAAGAUGUGAACAUCCAGCUCACCUUUAUAACUACGCCUGUGGCUGUUAAACCAGAACUGGCCUUGACCGAGCCCUGUCAGUGCAUAUUAUAUACACCUGCCUUUGGAAAGAUUUCCGGUGAUGGGCAGCAAAACACAUUUAUGUGAUUCUGGAUGUUCUGUUAUAUUCCUUGUAUGAAACGUCAGGCUUUGAGUAAAAUAAACUGCUACAUCAAGUUCCUCAGACCUGUAUGAAGGAUAUGAAGACUGUAUUGUCGCUGUCGGGCGGAAACCUCCUAUGUCCAAAUUUUGUCAACUUCGUAUUUUUUCACAUAUCGAUGCGAGCGGUCAGUCCCCACGUGGGUCUGUUAUUUUUACAAGUUAUUAACCAAUCUAAAGUCUUGAAAAUAGCUUGAGUGCAAAUCUCUUAACUCGAUCGGACACUUCAACUGUCUGAGAAAUCUCGUAACUCCGCCUCUUCUUCACUCCGCGGGAGAGCUUCGGGCAUAUUUCUCCUCAAGAGUCGCAACGAAUCAACAAGUCUUCUGAGGAACUAUGUCAGAUGGUCAAUGUGCCAUAUGAUCAGGCAAGGCCCUAGUGAGAGCUCUGAUGGAGAGAGGAAGCAACAGUGGUGCAGGAUACAUUGGUGCGGGACACAGUGGUGCAGGAUACAGUGGUGCAAGACACAGUGGUGCAUGCUGAUUUCUCUGGUGGUCUGGAAGGAGAGGAGGCCUCGCUGCUGGCUGCAGAGCAGGUGCAGUUUGACACAGUUUGCCAUGGUGGAAGCGAAGAGGACCUGGAUGCAGAGAAUUUGUGUUCGGACGCUGAGGAAGACGCACCUCUAAGGAAAAGACUGAGAGCUGAAAACACCUGGAAGAAAGUCAUCAACAAGAAAAGAAGAAUGGUUGGGAAGUCAUACACUGGAAAACAGAAGCAGAAGGAAAUCAUGAGGGAGCCACGGGCUAUGGGGCCUAGAUGUUCAUCAGCAGCAUGUGCCAAGUCAGCUAAACAUCACUGCAGUGCAAUCAGCGAGCCUGAGAGGAAUAGCAUUUUCAAUUACUUUUGGCGACAUAUGACCUGGGAGGAGAAGAGGAUGUAUGUGCAUGGUCUAAUCGAUGUGGUCCCCGUGCAAAGGAGAAGGGGGAUUGAAAAUUCCCGAAGAUCAAAUUCCCUGUUGUUUUUUUUACCGGUCAGCGGGCAGAGAAGACGCGUCUGCAAAAGUAUGUUUCUGUCUACCCUAGGAAUAGGCGAGUGGUCUGCCCUAAACUGGGCAAAGGAGGGGUACACGCAAGCAGACACUGAGGGACAAACACACAGCGACGCACGUCGUUCAGCGGCAGGCCAUGAAUUCAUCCGCAGCUUUCUGCAGGACCUGCCAAAGGUGCCCUCACACUACUGUAGAUCCACAACAUCCAAACAGUUUCUGGAACCCGUGUUUCAGUCGAUAGCUGAUCUGUAUGCAGUGUAUUGUCGCGCUGCAGCAGAGAAGAAUGUAACACCUUUGUCAAGGCAAGUGUUCACAGAUGAGUUCAAGCGUCUCGACCUAGGCAUUUACCACCCAAAAAAGGACCAGUGCAACAUCUGUUGUGCUUUCAAGACCGGCGACUUACCUGAUGACGAGUGGCAGCACCACCUCCUUCUAAAAGAAGAGGCCCGCACCGAAAAGCUGUCCGACAAACACAAGGCCAGCAACAAGAUCAUGGUCAUAUGUAUGGACUUACAAGCCCUCCUUUUGUGCCCAAAGCUAAAAGCCUCUGCCUUGUAUUAUAAAACAAAGCUUGCAGUUCACAAUUUCACUGUGUACAACAUGCUGACACACAGUGCUACGUGUUAUGUCUGGCAUGAAGGUGAGGGAUCCCUGUCUGCCAGUGAGUUUGCUUCAUGCAUUGUUGACUACCUGUCUGCACACACCGAGCCUGACACAUUUAUCCUGUGGAGUGACGGCUGCGGGUAUCGGAACAGGAAUGCAGUUCUAAGCAACGCACUACUUCUGUUCUCCAUGAAGGAAAACAAAGUCGUCAUUCAGAAGUACCUCGAGAAAGGGCAUACUCAGAUGGAAUGCGACUCCGUUCACGGCGUCAUCCAGAGGCGUCUGAGGGACCAGGAUGUGUAUCUCCCAGCUGAGUAUGUUAACUUGAUGAAGAGGGCCCGUGUGAAGCCUCAUCCAUACGAAGUCAAGUACAUCGACCACACCUUCUUCCAGGACUUCACCAAGCUGAGGCUCUGUAACUCCCUUUGCCCUGGAGUAAGGCCUGGUGACCUAACUGUCCAUGAUAUCAGAGCCAUCAGGUACAACAACAACGGAACGAUGGACUUGAAAACAAACCAUUCUGACGACUGGCGUCCACACUCGAGUCCCAAACUCCGAAACUCCACCUCAGACAGCCACGCAGUCACCCCACUCUAUUCAGACAGCCUGAAGAUCACAGAGCUGAAAUUUAAACACCUCCAAGACCUGAAGGAAGUCAUCCCAAAGGACUUUCACAGCUUUUAUGACAAUUUGCUUCACUAGUUUUGCUACAAACACAAAUACACUCAGCAAUGUGCUUAGUAAAGCAAGCCUUAAAGGGAUAGUUCACCCAAAAAUAAAAAUUGUCAUCAUUUACUCACC